UUCCGUCCGUCCGACGUCCACUUGCGAAUGCGAUCGAUCGCGAGCUAGGUGGUUGUGUGGUAGUUAGCGCUCGGUGGGAUUUUUAACAUGGCUCUUUUCAGGAUUACUUCAACGAAAUUGGUUGAAUUGCAGAAAGCAUGCCCGACGACAUCGAUUCUGCUGUCCCGGGGGUUAAGUGCGGAGUCAACCAACCUCAAGAGCGUCCUGCAGGAGAAAAUCCCUAAGGAGCAGGAGAAGAUCCGCGAGUUCCGCAAGAAGCAUGGCUCCACCAAAGUCGGAGAAGUCACUGUUGACAUGAUGUACGGAGGCAUGCGCGGUAUCAAGGGUCUGGUUUGGGAAACAUCUGUGCUGGACCCCGAUGAGGGUAUCAGGUUCAGAGGUCUUUCCAUUCCCGAGUGCCAACAGCAGCUGCCCAAAGCCAAGGGAGGCGAGGAACCCCUCCCUGAAGGUCUCUUCUGGCUGUUGGUGACCGGAGAAAUCCCCACCGAAGCUCAAGUAAAAGCUAUCUCCAAGGAAUGGGCACAGAGGGCCGAGCUGCCGGCGCACGUGGUGACCAUGCUCAACAACAUGCCCAGCAAGCUGCACCCCAUGUCUCAGUUCUCUGCCGCCGUCACCGCGCUCAACAGCGAGUCACAGUUCGCCAAGGCAUACUCCGAGGGCGUGCACAAGUCCAAAUACUGGGAGUACGUAUACGAGGACUCGAUGAACCUGAUCGCGAAGCUGCCCGUGAUCGCCGCGACCAUUUACCGCAACACAUACCGCGACGGCAAGGGCAUCGGCGCCAUCGACGACAACAAGGACUGGUCGGCCAACUACUGCACCAUGCUCGGCUUCGAGGACCAACAGUUCACGGAGCUGAUGCGUCUCUACCUCACAAUCCACAGUGACCACGAGGGUGGCAACGUGUCGGCGCACACCACGCACUUGGUGGGCUCCGCCCUCAGCGACCCCUACCUGUCGUUCGCCGCCGGCCUCAACGGUCUCGCCGGCCCCCUGCACGGACUGGCCAACCAGGAGGUGCUCGUCUGGUUAGAGAAACUUCGCAAGCAAGUUGGCGACAACUUCACAGAGGAAGGCCUGAAAGAGUUCAUCUGGAAGACGCUCAAGUCUGGACAAGUUGUGCCUGGAUACGGACAUGCUGUACUUAGAAAGACUGACCCCAGAUACACAUGCCAGCGUGAAUUCGCCCUGAAGCAUCUGCCCAACGACCCUCUGUUCAAACUGGUGGCUGCCGUCUACAAAGUGGUUCCCCCGAUCCUCACUGAGCUCGGCAAGGUCAAGAACCCGUGGCCCAAUGUAGACUCUCACUCUGGAGUCCUCUUACAGUAUUACGGCCUGAAAGAAAUGAACUACUACACCGUGAUGUUCGGCGUUUCCCGCGCGUUGGGAGUGCUGGCGCAGCUGAUCUGGUCGCGCGCCCUCGGCCUGCCCAUCGAGCGGCCCAAGUCGCUCAGCACCGAGCUGCUAAUCAAACAGCUUGGCAAGUAAAUCAUCCCCUACAAACAAUCAAAGGGCUUAGAAUCACCAUGAUUCCUUCUGUUUGAUUCACACAAAACACCAAUAGUCAAUUUAUAUUUUGUGAAGUGUAACGAGAAAAAUCAUCGACCGAAAUUGUUUAAAUUGAAUUUUUAACUUAUUUUUGUAUCUUAGUAUUAAGCGUAAGUGAUGCAUUUUUUUAUCGCGUUAUUUAUGUAUAAAUAUUUUGAUGUUGUGUAUAUUUUAAAUCAAUUAUGAUGCUUUUGUGUACUUAUUUCUGUGAUGAUAAUUUAUUAUUUAUUAUGUAAAUGUUGGUUAACCUUAUUAAUUGUUGUCCAUGAUCGAAGUAAUGUAUAAAAUCGAACAAAUUGACUAAUAUGGUGGUGUGAUUCAACACGGUCCUCACAUAGUCACCCAGAUCCGCAAACCAUGAACAAGUGGGCUGAUGUAGAACACUUAAUAGCAAUUGAAAAGUAUGUUGAGAAACACUUUGUAAUGUGGCUAAUAAUUACAAAUUUUUAGUAGAAUUAUUAUAAAAUCACAUUUACAGUGAAUACUAAUUUAUUGUACUUAGUUACAAUGGUAGGUCAAUUGUAACAGUAAAGUAGAUUUUACAAUAGGAAAGGCCUAGUAAGUUAGAUGAGUGAGUACUUCUAUAAACAAAGCAAUGUCAUACUUCGUUAUACUUUCCCUUUUCACUAUGGUAUAUUUUCUUCAGGAAGCACUAGCUAUACUUUAAUUUAGUUUCAAGUUACCAAAGUAUUUACAUGUAUAAUGUACCUAACGGAUACACUAUUAUUGUUGAUUUGUGAAAUAGUUCUAUGUUGGGUAGCCAUUAUUAUCUAUAAGACCCAAAAUUAUUGUCGACAUCAUUUUGCUUGUUGAUAUAACUUAGAUAUUUAUUAUCAUGAACCCUCAUUUGUUUUAUUAGCGAAGCACAUCCAUAUUUAUUUGAACAUUAAUUUAGUAGUUUUUCGACAGUAUGUAUGGAUUUGCUGAGUAUAGUGUGGACGUUAAUUUAUUAAUUAAAUAUGUGACGGUGCCACAUUUCUGUAGCUGUAACAGCAUCGCAUUCAAUAAUUGACAAUACUAAAAUAAAUUGGUACGGUGUAGUGUA